AGUCUACUUGACAUAAAUUAUAUAAAUGGAACUAAAUAUCAAUAAUAUAAAGUAAUUAAUAAUCCAAAAAUUAAAUAUUUCAAAAAGCCAAUGAACUCCGAAGAAGAUGCUUAUCUUCGAGCAAUAUUUGGGAUGGUGGAAGUGAUCUUUUAUGGAAGAAGUCAGGUGACGGUGCCUAGGUUUUUAAAAUGGAACUUAUGAUGAAAAAAAUGAUUCCAACAUCGAUUGAUAUUAACAGAAGAAUUAUUCUUUUAUUUUUAACUUUUUCAACGAUAUCUUUUUUAUUUAUUGACGCUGAAACUACUUGUCCUGAAAAAUGUUCCUGUUAUUUGAAUCAAGUUCCUCGUACUAUAACCUGUUCUGGAAAAAAAUUGACAGAGUUUCCUCAAAAUUUGAGCGACUUGGUGGAGCACUUGGAUUUAUCAGAGAAUUAUAUAUCAGAGAUUCCAGAUGACAUAAAUCGCUUAUCAGAACUUGAGGACUUGAAUCUAUCUCGAAAUCGACUGACAUCACUUCCAAGUAGCCUAGCUGGUCUUCACAAACUUCAAACCUUAAGUUUAAGUGGAAACAAUAUAACUGUUGCAAACAAGUUGUCUUCUCUAAGUCAGCUAAGCUUUUUGAAAAUGCUGUAUCUCUCUCAUAAUCCAUUAUCUAAUUUAAAUGGAUUGCAGAACACAAAUCUUCAAAUUCUUGAUGCUAGUCAUUGCGGGAUAACAGAAUUUGGAAGUACAUUUUUGGAAGGAUUCCCAAAUAUAAAGACUUUAAGUUUGGCAGAGAAUUCCCUAACAAAUAUUUCAAACCCAUUGAGUGAUACUCUGACAUGGUUGAAUUGCUCUGAUUGUGAUUUGAAAAUCUUAAAAUCUGAUACAUUUGAAGGCCUUACAAACCUUGAAGAACUCAUAAUGCAGAAUAAUAAGAACUUAAUAUACAGCAUGAGAAGUGUAUUCCUUCGCCACGACAAAUUGGAAAGACUGGAUGUCACCAACUGCAAUUUGGAUCGACCAGGUCUUCGUGAUCUUCCUGCUCUCACUCACGCCAAACUUUCCCACAAUGCAAUUCACAUUCUUCCAGAUCGAAUUUUUGCGAAAAAUCGAGCAUUAACUCACAUCUAUCUAGACACAAACCGCAUUGGCCACCUCAACAAAAGUUCAUUCGCUGGUCUGAUAAACCUCCAAAUGCUGGAUUUAUCAAGAAACGAUCUGGAGGAAGUUCACUGGUCUACUUUUCGUGAAAGCAACCAGUUAAAUUUGCUAAAUCUUUCCUCAAACAGUAUUCGAGACGUGGAAAAUUUGACUACUUCAGCAAUGACAGUCGACCUUUCUUCUAACUUGAUUACCAAAGUCGACUCAAGUACUUUGGUGAAUAUGCCUAAGAUCAGGACCUUGAAUCUAAGCAAAAAUUUUAUAAAGGAUAUUUCAGGAGGUUUAGAAUCCUCGACUUUGAGAAUUUUGGAUUUGAAAGUGAACCAGUUAGUUAAACUGGAUGUUCAGAUGUUUUCAGGUCUGCCUGAACUCAUGAAACUUGAUCUCUUCGGAAACCGACUCACUGAAGGUGCAGAUCCAAAAAUUUUUCAGAACAACCCUGAAUUGCGAGUUCUACUUCUAGCAGAUAAUCCAUGGAGGUGUGAUUGUUCCCAGCUGCACCCAACUUAUAAUUUCUUGAUCAAGUUACCAGUGAAGACAGAAAUGGGAACUCUGAUUUGUCAGAGUCCACCUAAUGUUUCAGGAUUCUCCUGGGAAACUGCCUGUUAUGAAGAGUGGUUUGAACGUCUCUAUCCACCAAAAAAUCGUACAUGGGGGCUAGUGAUGAUCAGCAUUUUAACCUUGGUAAUUGUGGGUGGAACUAUACUGUCCAUCAAGCAUGCCAUGAAAACGAAGAGAGCUGCUAGGAAUCAACGACAGUCACUUGAAAGAGCAGAGGCUAGGGAAAGACUUCGAUUAUUACAAAGAAGGAACCAAAGACUUGAAGAGGAACUUAGAGACCAAGUAUCAGAACCCAGGAUCCAUCCAAUGGAGCUGAUUGGUCCACCAAGCUAUGAAGAAGCAGUCCACAUGCCACGACUAGCUCAAUCCUUAGAUGGUUUGGAUGUUGCAUCAACAGAAAAUUCAACAGCAGUCGCACGAAUUUUAGGAUCAGUUGACAACCUCCGAGUAAAGAAAAGAAGAUCAAGACGUCCGAGGAGAAGAACCUUAAGCGAAGAUAAUUUAAACAGGAGGGAAGAACGUCGAGUGGAAAGGUUAAGAAGAAACACAUCCAGAAUAACAAUUGGUGGCAACCAAUUAGGUGUAGAACACUCACCAGAAUCCGCGAAUGAUCUUCUACCUCCACCAAGUGUCCCAAUUAGACCCAGAAUUAGGAGUGAUUCUGACCAGGGUGGAACUGAUUCACCUAGAAAUAAAAUCAGGCCUCCAACCCCAACAGCAAAAAAGAAAAAGCGGAUAAUUUUAUCCAAAGCCGGAACUUCAACAGAUGAUGAGGACUCCGAUUUUCAGAAUAGUCGUGAUAGAAGAAGUAUCAGAAAUACCAUCGUCAUCCCAAAUCUUUCUCGUGAACCCAGAAGUGGCUACAGACCAUCUUCAACGACUGAUAAUGCGACUGAUCAAUGAAAAAAAAAAAUGGUAUUAAAAACACUCAGUGAUUAUCCAAUUUCUAUUAUUUUAUUUCCACAGGAAGUAAUUUAAAAUGUUUGUAGACUUUUCUAUGCAGUUGAAAGUUCAAAGUGUACAGCUUGUUUUGU